GACUGUUCGGGUCUGGUUGAAAUUGGAUUUAUAUAUUAUAUCUUUGUAUUGCGCAUGAACACAAACAAAUUUUCCCACAAUGGAUAGUAUGUAUAUAGCAUUAUAUUUAAUAACUGUCGUGGCUGGAGAAAGUUGUCCACAUGAAGUUUAUUACCGCUGUUCAAAUUGCGAUACGAAGUCGAUUUGUAUUCAGUGCAAAGUAGGAUUUUGGAACUUAGCCUCGAAUUGUUCAAAUACUUGUAUUUCACAAACGUGUACGUGUACUAGCUAUAAAGAAUGUCUCUCAUGUAAGGACGGACAUUAUGGGAUAGAAAAUAACUGUAAUCGAAAAUGCUCGAAUGGAUGCAAUGGUGAAACAUGUAACUCUGACGGAACGUGUUUGUGUAAGCAUGACUUUACUGGAAAUACAUGUGACUCUUGUGUAGAUGGAAAGUACGGAGCAAAUUGCUCUGUGCAAUGCAGCCUAGGUUGUGAUGGAAACGUUUGCGAAUCGCGUAAUGGAACAUGCAAAUGCCGAAAAAAUUAUAGUGGUGAACUAUGUGAAUAUUGCGUUGCAGGUCACUACGGAAAAGACUGUUCAAAAACAUGUAGCCUGGGCUGCUUUCCACGAACAUGUUCUUUUACUGACGGACAUUGUGAUUGUGACGAAUAUUACACCGGUGAUAAAUGUGAUUCGUGUGUAGAUGGCAAGUAUGGAGCACAGUGCAUCUUGCAAUGUAGCCGCGGUUGUGAGAGUAACACUUGCACUUUAAAAGACGGAUCAUGCAACUGCAGCAUAAAUUUUACUGGUAGAAAAUGUGACAAAUGUAUAAAUGGUCGUCAUGGGGAAGACUGUUCAAAAACAUGUAGUCUGGGUUGCUUAGAAAACAGAUGCUCUGCUAUUGAUGGAAAGUGUGCUUGUAGAGACUUUUACACAGGAGAUAAAUGUGACGUUUGUGUAGACGGGGAGUACGGUGGACAUUGUUUGGAUACAAUGGAACAGACUCAUGUCAACCAAACAAACAAGUUUUCUGCUGGAGCUCUAACGGGGGGAGUAAUUAGUGCUGUAGUAGUCCUCGUUGCUGCUGUUGCUCUAAUUGUUUUCGUCAGACGAAGAUUGGCACUAGUGGAAGCACACAGCCAUUACACCGAUCAAAAUACUACAAAUCCUGGAGGGGAAGCAGCUCAAACCGGACCAUACGAAGCAUUAAAUACCACCCGUACGGAGGAAAGUGACAAUACCUACACAAGGCUGUUCUUAACAGGACAAGCUGAAAUGACAGAACGUGUCAACACUGACAGUAGUGCUAUGAUUAUGUUGAAUGUGAUAGGAGGUAAUCUACCCAAAUCCAACCUUUAUGAAACAUUGAAUGCUACCCGUUUAAAAGAAGAUGACAGCAAUGAUAACUACAGAACGUUGCCAGCGACGGAACAAAUUGGAUAUACGGACUGUGGCAAUUCUGAGAAUAUUUCAAUAAAUAAUCCAACAAUAAGUUCGGAUCCUCACUCAUACGCGAACAUGAUGCUCAAGAAAUGACAGCAUCGGUAAAGAAAUGACAACACACAUAACGUAUGCACACUUCCUAUAACAACAAUAUUGGUUUACUGGUCAAAGAGCCUCAAUUUCAUGACAAUAUACUAAAACACCCAGAAGAAACGUUAACUUAACUACGGUAAAAGUGAUUCCAAUCAAA